CAUGCUCUACAAAUUAUAGUCCCAGAGAUGAUGUUUUUGCUACCUUCCCUCCUGUGUGCCUUAGCUGGCUUUGUCUCUGCUUUUUUAGUAGAAACAUCAACUCUAACAGAUCUCUAUCCUCCACUUUGGAAGGACUGUCCCAGCCAGUUCAGUGACUACAAGAUAGAGAAUGGGGUGUACACUAUUGAUCCAUGGUUAUAUCCUGAAAGAAUGGGGAUGUACAAAAUCUUAGUUACAUUUACAGCUAAAUAUUUUGAAAGAUUUGGACCAAAUAAUGAAAAAAACAUUUUAUGGGGACUGCCUUUGCAGUGUGGAUGGCAAUUUAAAACAGGAAGACUAACUGAUCCCACCAAUGUGACUGAGUGUGGCAGAGAAAAUGGAGACCAUAUGUGCAUUUCUGUGAACAGUUGGUGGGCUUGCUUGAACUACUAUCUAAGUGCACUACCCUUCCUUAGUGCAAUUGAGUCUGGAGCAUUAGGGAUUUCAUCAGACCAAGUGACACUUUUGCCACCACCAAAGGACCAGAUGCAUUUCUGUUAUAAUGUCACGACUUGUCGUUCAUCCUUCCCAGAUGCUAUGACAAAAUGGAAUACAUAUUUUCAGCAAGCAAAAAAUCUUUCUACAACCUUGGAUGACUUAAUGAAAUACUUAUGGAUCGCACAUGAAGCAACCCUUGAAACAGCCAGAAAUACUUUUGAUAAUAGAUAUCAAUAUUACUCCAAACCAGAGUCAGAUUUUGAAAAAAGUUGGGCAACUGCUGUGAAUUAUAUUGCAGCAAUACGCUUUGAAACAUCUUUGAUAAAAACUCACAAAUUCCAGACAGCUCUGCCCCCAAGACUGCUCAAUUCUGGUGACCAGCCUCCUUUAAUUAAGGAUUUCACUGAUUGCCAGAACAGAGUCUUGUUUUUGCUUAAUCUUCUAUAUGAAACAGAUGAUAGUUCAGGACACAAAUUUUUGCUUCUCUUCAAAAAUGUAAUGACAUCUAAAAUUCUAAGGAAGAUAGUAAAUUCUGCAAUGAACAGACUAUUGUAAAUUAUGAUAUACUUCAGGAAUUCCAAAAUUUAGACAUGAUUUUGAAAGUACAUAUGUUUGGGGCAGCUAGGUGGUGCAGUGCCCUGUCAGGAGGACUUGAGUUCAAGUCUGGCUUCAGACACUUAACACUUCC